AUGGAUGACGAAGAAGAAACCUACAGACUAUGGAAAAUUCGCAAGACCAUCAUGCAGCUGUGUCAUGACAGAGGCUACCUGGUGACCCAGGACGAAUUGGAUCAGACUCUAGACGACUUCAAGAGUCAGUUCGGAGACAAACCUAGUGAAAGUCGACCCAGACGCACGGAUCUUACAGUGUUGGUGGCACACAAUGAUGACCCCACUGACCAGAUGUUUGUUUUCUUCCCUGAGGAGACCAAGGUGGGCAUCAAGACCAUCAAAAUGUACUGUCAGCGGAUGCAGGAAGAGAACAUCACAAGAGCAAUCAUUGUGGUCCAGAUGGGCAUGACGCCCUCAGCAAAACAGUCUUUAGUGGACAUGGCGCCCAAAUACAUCUUGGAGCAGUUUCUUCAGCAGGAGCUGCUCAUCAACAUAACAGAACACGAGCUUGUGCCAGAACACAUUGUUAUGACAAAAGAGGAAGUGACAGAGCUUCUGGCCAGAUAUAAACUGAAGGAGAGUCAGCUUCCAAGGAUCCAGGCCGGAGACCCCGUGGCUCGUUAUUUUGGCUUAAAGAGAGGACAGGUGGUCAAGAUCAUCAGACCGAGUGAGACAGCUGGACGAUAUAUCACCUACAGACUAGUGCAGUGA